UCAGGACUACACAUGACUCCUUGGAAGCGUGAGAGAUCCUCAUCUGACGGAGACAAUUCGGAAGACCAUUCUUCAGAAAGUGAUUCUGACGAAACUGAACCGCAGGAGCAGCGUGACUCAAUCUCUGACCAGGAAGAAAGAGGUCAUAAAGAAAGUUCUGUAACCUCUGAAGAAGCCUGGAGGGGGAUAUUUAAAGAAGAAGAAGCCUCUGACAGUGUAGAUAAUAUGAAUGAUUCUUCAGAUGAAGAAUUGUCAGAUGUACCCGAAUCUAUCACGGAUCUAGUAAUGAAAAGACCUUCCAACAAAUCAAAUGCUAAUUCGCCUGAAAAUAAUCUAAAAUAUCUAAAGUGUGAUCUAAAGGGUUUGAUGAAAUUACCUCAUGAUUCAACAAAUUCUGGAGACUUUGCUACUAGUGGGUUACUGUCUGAUGCUGAGUUACCCAACAUUCCUUUGAUUGAAGUUAAUGGUUAUGGACUUCUAUCAUUCCCUCUAAAUGACACAACAUUUCAAUGUUUGAAGCCGCUUUACAAACAAACAUCUUGUGGAAAGGGUGAGGAAACAUUGGCUGUCAAAGGAAGAAACAGUUACCAAUUAGAACCAACCCAGUUUGAAAUUAAGAACGAAACGUUUACCAACCAGAUUAACUUACUAAUCCAAAAUAAGAUCAAGUCUGGUUUAGGUCUGGCAGGUGCUACAAUUUACGGGAAGAUCUGCAAAUUGAUCAUUUAUGAGAAAGGAAGCAAAUCUGAGGAACAUAAAGACAUGGAGAAUGAAUACAACAUGUUUGGGACAUUGAUUGUUCAGCUUCCUUCAGUUUUUACUGGAGGGAACUUCGUAGUCAAGCACUUACAAUCUUCUAGGGCUAUUGAAAACAGUUGUGUCGGUAGUAGUACUCAUUGUAAGUUUGUUGCACAUUACUCAAACUGUCCCCAUGAACUGGAUGAGGUAACCUCAGGUUAUCGUGCUGUUCUCAUUUACUCGCUUUGUUGGGAUGGAACUGGGGCGAAACCUUCACCUUAUGUUGCAUCUACAAAUACUGUUAAGUUGUGUAACUCAUUGAAUUUAUUGAUGGAUUCUUCUGAAGUAUCGUACCUAUGUUGGGGUCUUGAGAACAAGUAUUCUGAUGCGAUUAUACAACGAAAUUCGUUAAAGUUCUUUAAAGGGAAAGACAAGAAUGCUGUGCGUAGGCUUAAAAGUGCUUUUGAUUACGAUCUGCAAGUAUCAGUACAAGGCAAAGACAAUUGGGAAUUUUUUAUUGCAACUGCAAAUAAAACAAUCGAGGAAUAUCGUGACUGCACAGGUGGCUAUGGAUGGAGUGGAGGUUGUCCGGGCAACUGUGAAUUAGUGGAGGAAAACGACAGAAGUUUAUUUAUUGACAACUUUAUUCCAUUGUCAACAAACUCCUCCAAAUAUAGUGACCUCAAAUUAGCUAUUGAUCCACCAACCGAUAUAUUAAACUUUCCGAACCGUAAAGUUUUAGCCGGAAAGGUCAAAAGAAGGAAGGAAAAUGAGUCUGAUGAAGAGUUUUGGGGGACGGAAGAUCUGGGUGGGGGUUGCUCUGGUCCAGAUGAAGAUGAAGGAGGAACUAAGAACCUGUUGUAUCAGAAACAAGUCCUCGUACUGUGGAGGACAGAUUGUUCUCUAGCCAUCCGAUGUGAGUCUAGUUUGCUUGAUGGUGUUAGUUACGUGUUAAGUCUUCUUGAAAAAGGACACACUGAAGAAGGUGAGAAAGGAUUCAAGUAUUUAUGGGGUUUUUUAGACAGUUUUGUAGACAGAAUAGGGUAUAAGCAGGAAUUGAUAAUCAAGAUGUUAAGAAUGUGUCAUAUACUGAAACUCAAAGAAAAUUCUGAAACUUUGUUGGAAGUGUUUAAGGAACGCGGAAUAUGUUCUAAUAGUGCAGGAAAGAUUAUAGCAGAUACACUAGAAUUAUUUGCUGACGAUUCUCACAAAAAUAUCAUCAGGGAUAUUAUAAGAAGCACAGAAGAGAGACAAAUACCAACAUUGUUGCAUUUUUGUAAACAAUUAUCUUGGAUUGACCCUAGCGAACUAUUUGAGUUACUCGUUAACUACGUCUUGAAGGAGGAAUACUCAGAUACCCCUCAUACCACAGAUGUUCUGCGAUAUAUGUUUGAUGAAAAUUUAGUUUUAGAUUCUUUGUUGGACACAUUAGUCAAUAAGAUUGUAUACUUGUCGCACCUUGAGUUUGCGAUUUCGUUGUCGAUCAAAAAGCAGGAUGUAAAGGUUUUAAAUGUGUUGCUAAACCGGUUUGUCGAGAUAGCUGUGGAAGACUUUAAGGAUAAUGCUAUUGACUAUUCAUUGAGCCUUGUCUUUGAAUCAAUUGUAAGGGGAGUUAAAAGGUUUCAACAGUUAUCAGCAUCGGUUUCUACUCUUGUCACCAAGAUCAAAUCUUUACCAAAGUACCAACAAGAUUUUAUCAAGUCAUUUACCAAGAUGAUUAUGAAACAUAACAAUGAAAAUAAAGAAAACCUGCCUGAAUGUUUACAGAAGGCUUGUCUUAUUCGCAUUGAAUAUCUUGAAGAAACUGUCAGUAAAGUUGAACCUGAAAUGAACUGGCAUCAACCAAAUGCUAUUCUUUCUGAGUAUUCUGAUGUUGAAGCUUUUCUUAGAGGACCAAACCAGCAAAUGUUGUUUGGGCGUGGUACUUUUAGAACUAUAACUGCUGCUAAAAGUUGGGUUAAUAGUUAUGAAAAGAGUAAGGGGUGUUUCAUGACAUUGACGGCCUCGGGAAUAGGACAGAAAGCUGAGGUGAAGAUCGUGAAGACUGUAGAGGGGUUUUAUAAGCAAGUAGCAGAAUAUACAGCGUGUGUUGAGGAAUACGAAGGUCUUUUGAAGUUUGUGCCAAAUCACCAAAGUGUCAUCCCAAAGAAACUUGGUGAGCAAAACCCUGGCAACUCCAAUAACUCAACUGACGGAACCAAGGUAGUUCUGCCAGAGAAUCAAGCGGCACAAUUAAAGCUAAAGAGUAACCUGCCUUCAUCUAGCACCGAACAAACCUAAAAUACUAUCAUUAUAUAUUGUAUUAUAUUAUAAUCUUAUAAUAUAUUAUCAUAAUAUUGUUUUAAAACUAAAUUAGGUAUUAAAUUAUAAAAUUAUAUGAAUGUAACAUUUUUAUGUUUUUAAACUUCAAGAUAGAAUUUACACUUUUUAAUAUUAUGAUGAGAACAGCUCAGCUAUUAUUAGACUAGUUCGUUAUGUUUAACUGUUUAAUUUGUGGGUGGUUUCACAGUUUUUAAUACUAUUUUUCGCGGAUGACUGCGUUUUUUAUGCAUUGCUAAAUUAUAAUAAAUUUCAUCAAUCUGUUCAUCAUGUCAGUGAUUUUAAAUUUGCUGAACAUUUAGAAUACGUUAAUUGUGUCACAAUUCUAUUGUUUCGUUUCUAUUGUUUUAUAUUAUAUUAGCACGCUUUAAAGAAAAAAGAA